AGCGAACAGGGAACGCAAAACCAAUACGUCUUUGACGUCUGUUUGUAAAAAUACAUAAGUGCAGGAUGGUGGCGCUUCAGCGUAAACCAUGGAAGGAUAGGGGAUGAGGCAGGGUACUCCCUCAACAGGAUGUCAUCACAAGGGUAGUUUGAAGUUAACUGUUGACCUGAUGCACAUCUAAAGAUUGAGGGAAGAAAUUGGAGCACUGGAGGACACCCACCCAAAUGGAGCAAACGUGCAAAUUACCCACCGACUGAUGCAGAAGCGAUGACAUACCAGCCCUGCCUACGACUGUGCUGCCAUACCACCCAUGAACAACGCAAUGAAGAAAAUAAAUUCUUAGUAAAACAAAUGAUGAGAAUGGAAGGGAGGAUAGAAAAAAGAAGAGCACAAUAAAUGCUUUCUGGUGAUUGAUUUGAAUUAGAUUUGUGUUCAAAAGUCAGGAACUUGAGGAAGGAAAAGUGAGAUGGAUACGUUCGUGGGGCCGGGGAUUGCCAUGGAGAUGGAAGUUGCUGCAGAGGAGGUGGUGUUGACACAGGAUGAUGUUGAGGCAAAAGCUGAUUUGAAGGCCCUUGCAGAUGCUCCAGUCUGCCAAAAUUCAGUUUUUCAAGAUAUUACUGCUGAAUAUAAUUCAGAACAUGUUUGUUACCCUGGGGACUCCAGUGAGGAUGAGUACAGUUCUGAUGACCUGACACUACCUGUGGUGACUCGGCAUAAAGCAGAUAAGAUGAGGGCACGCUGUGCCAAAGAUGACUGUGUGUGCUGGGAGUGUGGCAAGCGUUUCCAGUCUCUAACCCUCCUGAUGCGUCAUUUCCGCACUCACAAGACACAGGUGCAUUGCAACAUUUGUCAGGUGACCUUCAGGAGGAUGGUGUCUCUUAGCAUGCAUCUGGAGAACGUCCAUAACAAUAUUAAGCUCUUCUGUACUGCCUGCCAUCUGUUCUUUGACAGUAAGUGGGACCUCAACAAGCACCUUGAGGAACAUGGUGACCUUGAGUCACCACCGCUUUUGCAGGGAUCGCCCUCGAGGUCAGAGUCUCACAGGAGAACGGGUACUGUGCUUUCUGAAUUAACCAGAAAUCUGGACAGUUCUGAGUUACUUGUCCAGACAUCCACUUCCAUCAUUGGAGAAAAUAUGAAGGACUCUUGCAACCGAGACUCCUUUCAGGAAGUGAAUGACCUGCACACUUCAGUGGCUCAUGAGCCUGCAUACAACAGAAAUGGUAGCAAUGCUAAGAAGAAAAAUGGGAUUGUCACUACUACUUAUGCCCUGCGCAUGCGCCACACCAAGACACUCACCAAAGUCUUUCCCCGGGAGAGCUUACCAGAGAGUGCCCACAAGAAGAAAAUCCAGCUCUUUGUGUUCCGCAGUGUGGACAGGAGUCAGGUGUCCUAUAAUGGUGAUCAGGCUGAAACUGAGAAAGAAGAGAAGCAAGAGGAGGAAGGUGAAGAUGUCAAACCAGACAUCUCUUUAAAUCUGCCGUUACAUGGCAUUUCAGCCGCUGGGGGCCUAAGCAAGCAGGAAGUCAAGCAGGAGGAUGUGGUCACUGACAAUAUCCUCCCACUUUGGGAGGGAGCACCACUGGAGGAGAGCCAGUUAGAUGACUCAAUGGAGGAAAACCUCAGUGAUGGAGGAAACACCCUGCCCUCCUGGGAGUCCAGUACUGAUUCUGAUUCCAAAUUAGAUGAUAUCUCUGAUUCCACCACGUCUUCCUUCAGCAGUGGCAACUCUAGCGGUUCCUCCUACUGCCCUAAUCGUAGGAUGAGGAGGAUUAGAGCCAAGCGUAUAAAGCAGGUGGUUGUAGACAGGAAAAAGAAAAGUGGAUUGCUGCUUGCCCCUGAUGUUGUCACGGAACCGUCCAUGAAAUGUCCCUGCUGUGGUGGGGGACCAUAUGAUACACUAUCCCACUUGCAACGUCACAAGGCUGCCUGCAGAAAUAAUGCUGCACAUUGUACAGUCUGUAAUGUCAUUCUUCCUGAUGACAUUGCCCUGACGGAACACAAAGUCAAGGCCCACUCCUCUGUGAAACCCUCCUGCAUGUACGCUUGUGAAUCCUGUCGCGAGGUAUUUCCUACGCUGCUUGUGUACAAACGCCACCAGUGCAGCCUGCAGACUGCUUCCAAUACAGAAACUGCAACCUCUGACCCUCUCCAAGACCUGGUUGCUGAAUCUGUUACCGCUGUUGUCUCCAACCAUGUUUCCAGGCCUGCUAACCAUGUGACUGGCUCGUUUUCAACAGGGAAUCAAACAAAGCCCUGUUCUGUGCUCCCUUCCCCUCUUGGCCCCACCACUGCAUCUGCACCUAUGCAGGUUGAUUUGGGUCCUUCUAGUAGCUGCCAAAUCACUACCCCCAACUGCAGUCUGAAUUCUAGCAGUGUCACCGUUACAGGUGCUGUACAUAUGACUGUUCCGUGCUCCGUUCAGAAUUCCACAUUAGUCACUCCCGUCUCAGUGCCUUCUGGCUCAGGCUUUCCACUUCAAAGAAUCAUGCUGCCAGUGACCUCCCAGUCAGGGUCUAGGCCCAUAAUGGCCACUGUGCUUAUGAGUGGUAAUGGUACAACAGGGAGGGUGGCACGCAUGGUUCUUCAAUCCCAAGGGCUUACAUUCCCAACACCAACUGUGACACAAUCAGUUUUGCAGAAACAGCCUUUGGGACUUUCAUCUGUUCACCCUCAGACUCAAACUGUGAACCAUUCUCAAGCCUUGCCAUCACUGCAACUUGCUAACCUUUUGGUGAAAGGUAUCAUCCAACCAAAUACACUCAUCAGACCUCCCCAGCCUUGCGCUAUGAGUGCAACCCAGCAUUUGACUCCAUCCUCAGUCUCUGUUCAACUCCACAGUACAGCCCCACAUCCCAUUUUUGUUCCUGUCCCAGCCUCAGUUUCUGUACCACUUUGUAACCAAGUGCCAGUCUCUGUCCCAGUACCAAAACCUGGCCCAGUAUCUGUCCCACUUCUGGAACCUAAACCAGCUCCAGGCACUGUCAGCCUUCCUGUUUCUAGCGUUGCACAGGUUUCUUUAUUUGGACCUACACUUCCUGCUGGCCCUGCCUUUCUCCCAGCUGCAACUCCUCUCACCAUGCAUAACUCUAACACUGGUACAGGGUCACUGAGAAUUCUGGGGCUGUAUGUCAAUUGCAGUCAGGAAUUUGCAUUGCAGCAGCGUCUUCAGAAAAGUUGGCGAUCCAAGGGGAUGUUCCUAUGCCGGCAGUGCGGGGCCGUAUCCCGGCAGCCAUCGCUGUGUGUGCGUCACCGGUACCUCCAUCGUGGCUCCCGUCCCUACAGGUGUCAUUGUGGCCGGACGUUCCUGCGUCUGUUGCACCUCCUUCGUCACCACAUCCAGCAUGCUGAGGCAACUCGAUUCGUCUGUGCCCCUUGCGGCCAGACUUUCUCUGGUGCACAUGACCUGGCCAGGCAUAAGAAGGGCUGGAGCGGAGAGGGGAAGCGGAGGGGUAAGAUAAGAAAGGACUGCCAGGCACCGUUUUACUGUGACUGUGGCCAGUUCUUCCAGAGGCCUGCAGCAUUUCUGUGGCACAAACUCAAAAACCCAGACCGUUUGAAGAGGGUUUAGAGCAUGGAACUUGUGAGUUGUUGGACAUCUUCGGGAGAUGCCCAAGAGAUUAUUUUCAGUUAAAUUUAAGCUGUAUGAUUGGAUAUCACUUUUGGUUUUUUGC